GGGGAACAGAGGGGAGGUAGCACUGGAGGACUUUUGAGUAGAGAAGAAGCUGCUGUCUUCCAGGUGAACAGAAGAUCUUUGGCUUCAAGAAAUCCACCUGUCCUCUCGAAAUCAUGGACACCUGAGGCGAUCUGAUCCAUUCUUAAUGAGUCCACAACCCCAGCGAAGUCACGUGUCCGACUCGGGUUUCUCAGAUCAGCCACCAAAGUCUGCAAGAUCUCUGCCUGGCUUUGCUUUCUUGUAUGACAAAGGGGGUCAUAUAACCAACACUUGCCUUGAAAAAGAUACCUGGCAGAGGAGGAAGGCGAUCCACUGGUACAGGUGGAGGCUGUUUGGAGAGGAAAGAAGGAUGAGGGGAGAGCUGAACUCAUUCAGUCCAGAAGCAAGAAAAGGCCCUGAUGCCACUGAGGCUGGAAGCAGAAGGGAACUGUGUGAAGGAAUCUUGCAGAAGAGCCUUGGAGAGGAGUUUCCACCUUCCGAUGUGGCGCGCCAGCAAUUCCGGCACUUCCGUUACCAGGAGUCCGAAGGGCCCCGAAAGGUCUGCAGCGAACUCCACCGCCUUUGCCUCCAGUGGCUGAAGCCAGAAAGGCACAGCAAGAAGGAGAUCCUGGACCUGGUGAUCCUGGAGCAGUUCCUGGCCAUCUUGCCCCCAGAGAUGGAGAACUGGGUCAGGGAAUGUGGGCCGGAGACCAGUUCCCAGGCAGUGGCCCUGGCAGAAGGGUUCCUCCUGAGCCACGCAGAGGACAAGAAUCGAGACCAGGAGGUGCAGGAAAACAUCGAGUGUUACCUCAGAGCAGCUUUCUUGGACGAGGCCUUGAAACCAACAAUAAAUUCUUUGCCAACUUUUUGUGACGGAAAUAAAGUAACUUCAAUGUGGCCAGAAUGGGGUCCGGUGACCUUCGAGGAGGUGUCUGUUCAUUUCACUGAGGAGGAGUGGGCUCUACUGGAUGCGGAAAAAAGAAGCCUUCACAGGGAAGUCAUGGAGGAGAAUUUUCAGAAUGUGGCCUCUCUGGGUAAGGGUCCCCCUUUCCCUUCCUUCACAGAUGCUGAAGGCUGAAGUCGCUCCUUCUAAGAAGGACUCUCGUAGGGCCCUUCAGAUGGAGACUCUGAAGAAGUGAGUGGGGCGGUUCCACACGCAGGCAAAUGAGGGACUUCUGCAUAUCUAGUGGACUCCCCAACUGUUCAUUUGUAAGCUAAAAUAUUGGUUUAUAAACUAAGAUGAACAUUUCAUGGAUGUCAACAAGGCCUCCUCAUGGGCCUUUAAAAGCAGCCAAGGAAGCCAGCCUCCU